AUGGGCGACGUGUCUUCGACCCGACUCUAUCUGGGAAAUCUCCCGCGCAAUGGUACGCUUCUGCUCGCCGACGUCGAGAACCACUUCGCCAGCCAUGGAACUGGUGAGAUCACCGAGAUCAAGCUCAUGAACGGCUUCGGCUUCGUCGAGUACAAGGACGCCAUGGACGCUCGCGACGUCGUUCCCGCCUUCCAUGGUUCCGACUUCAUGGGCGAGCGUCUCGUCGUGCAGUUUGCUCGUGGCUCAACUCGUCCUCGUGAGUUCGGCCACGCUGAGCAGCGCGCUCCUCCCCGCCCGCGCCGUACCGUCCACCGCAUGUCCAUCUCUGGCCUUCCUUUCGAAACCAGCUGGCAGCCUACCUUGGACCUGGACUCACAUUGGCCCUUUAGNGACCUCAAGGACUUUGCCCGUCAGCCCGGCCUCGACGUUGUCUACUCUGAAGUUGGACGUGAACGUGAUGGCAGCGGCAACGGCAAAGGUUUCGUGGAGUACGAGACCGCAGCCGACUUGGUUUCUGCUGUGGAGAAACUAGACGGACAGGAGUUCAAGGGAGCCACUGUCCGCUGUAUCUCUGAUACCCAGUCCGAGAUUCCUCGCAUGCCACCCNNCCACCCCCUCGCGACAACCGCUACCGCUCGCGCUCGCCUCCCCCCUCGUCGUGGUGGCGGUGGAUACGGCGCUCCCCCUAUGGACGACUACUAUGGAGAUCGUAGAGGUCCCCCUCGUGGUGGUGCUGGUGGUUACAGCCCUCGUCGCGAUGAUGGCUACCGCCGUAGAAGCCCUCCACCUCGCUACUAUGACGACCGUAGAGAUCCCUAUGCUCGUUCUCCUCCACCUCGCGCCCGUGGCCCUCCCGUCGAUGAUUAUGCACCACCCAGAAGCCGUGCUUACCCUGCUGACGAUGGCUACGGUGCACCUCCCCCAGCUCGUCGCUAUGAGGCCGACCCGUAUGCCAACGGUCAUGGCAGAGAGCCUAGAGAACCUAGGGAGCCUAGAGAGCCCAGGGAGCCUUACGGCCGCCCUCCCAGCCCUCCCCCGAGACGUGAGCGUGGCUACGACGCAGGCUACGACCGUAGACCUUACUGGUGA